CACAGACACAAGAUGUGGCUGUUUAUUGAAAUCCUGGUUUUGAUAAAAGCACCCGUGAACUCAGAAGAUGGCAUCAAGAAUAAAAAGGCUAUAAAUUGUGAGACUUUCAUGAAUGUUAGCCAAAUAAUCCGCCACAGAGGGUACCCCAGUGAGGAGUACGAAGUCCUGACUCAUGACGGCUACUACAUCAGACUGAACAGAAUUCCUCACGGAAGAGAAAAUCCUGGGAGCACAGGAGCCGAGCUGGUCAUGUUUCCCCAGCACGGGUUACUUGGCGAAGGCAGCCACUGGGUGGAAAAUCUGGCUAACAAUAGCGUUGGCUUCAUACUAGCAGACUCCGGCUAUGACAUCUGGCUGGGAAGCAGCCGGGGGACAAGCUGGUCCCAGAGACACCAGCACCUUUCAGCUGACCAGGUUGAAUUCUGGGAUUUCAGCUUUCAUGAAAUGGCAAUGUACGACCUCCCAGCCAUGAUCAACUUUGUUUUGCAGAAGACUGGGCAGAAGCAGAUCUAUUACAUUGGCUGCUCCCAGGGCUGCAUGUUCACAUUCAUUGCGUUUUCAUCCAUGCCAGAACUGGUGCAGAAAAUCAAUUUUUUUGCCCUGGCUCCAGUAUUGACAAUCAAGCACACCAAAACUCCCAUCAUGAAAAUGUCCUUCCUUCUGAACAGGCAAUUCAGGAUGCUUCAGCUUCUGCUCAGCAGGACGGAUGCCUCACUGUGGAUGAGGAAGCUGCAGAGGUUUCUCCCCUGGCUGUGCAGGCAUCCGCUGCAGCACAAGCCCUGUGCCAACCUCUUCUUUCUGCCGGGUGGCUACAAUGAGAAGAACCUCAACAUGACAUGGCUAGAUGUGUACACAUCACACUAUCCGGAUGGGACAUCUGUCAAAAACAUGAUACACUGGGCCCAGGUGAUGAAAUCGGGAGAAUUCAAAGCCUUUGACUAUGGCAGUGAAAACCCAGCUGUGUACCACCAGGAGACACCUCCCUCCUACCGGGUGGAGGAGAUGCCCAUGCCCACCGCAGUUGCUGACUGGAGAGAUGUCCACCUGCUUCUGUCCCACAUCAUCCACCUUGUCACCUAUGGCCACAUCCCUGACUGGAACCACUGGGACUUCAUCUGGGGUUUGGAUGCCCCCAGGCACCCCUACAGCAGCAUCCUGGAGCUGAUGGAAGGGUCCCAGUAG